AUGAUAAGUGCAAAACUCAUCCUACGAUUCACUAUAAUUUUUCAGUUCCUCUUGAGGCUCUAUCUUACCUUUCCGCUCAAAUCUCAAAUUACUAAGGCCACUGGGGUGGUGGCGGAAGCGGCAUGGGCUGGGGCAGCUUAUAAUCUGAUUCUCUUUAUGUUGGCAAGCCAUGUUAUUGGUUCCUGUUGGUACCUUUUGGCGAUUGAGCGGCAGGAACAUUGUUGGAAAGAAGUUUGUAAUAAUGAACAUCCAAAUUGCCAGUAUUGGUAUUUUGACUGUCGUACCAUGUAUGCUUCUAAUAGAGCAGCUUGGUUCAAAUCAAGCAAAAUUUCAGCAAUAUGUGGCCCUGCGGGUGAUUUCCAGUAUGGAAUUUAUGAAGACGCAUUGACAUGUGAAGUUACAUCAUCAAAAUUCUUCAACAAGUACUUCUAUUGUCUCUGGUGGGGUCUAAGGAGCCUAAGCUCUGUAGGGCAGGACCUCGCCACAAGCACCUAUUAUGGAGAAAAUAGUUUUGCCAUCAUCAUUGCAAUUGUUGGGUUGGUGCUGUUUGCAUUGCUUAUUGGGAAUCUACAAACAUACCUUCAGUCCACUACUGUACGAAUAGAAGAGUGGAGGGUUAAGAGAACUGAUACAGAAGAAUGGAUGCAUCACAGGCAGCUGCCCCAUGAGUUAAGGGAGAGAGUGCGCAGGUAUGAUUUAUUUAAAUGGGUUACAACUCGUGGAGUUGAUGAAGAAGCUAUUCUUAAAGGCCUUCCCCUUGAUCUCGGUCGAGAUAUCAAGCGUCAUCUCUGCCUUGAUCUAGUUCGCCGAGUGCCACUCUUUGAUCAAAUGGAUGAGUGUAUGUUAGAUGCCAUAUGCAAAAGGCUGAAAGCUGUUUUAUGCACUCCGGGCACCCGCCUAGUCCGUGAAGGUGACCCUGUCAACGAAAUGCUCUUCAUUGUUAGAGGCCACCUAGAUUCCUUCACGACUGAUGGAGGCCGGACUGGAUUUCUCAACUCAUGCCGAAUUGGUCCAGGUGAUUUCUGUGGCGAGGAACUAUUGACCUGGGCGUUGGACCCACGUCCAAGUGUUAGUCUUCCUUCCUCUACUCGCACGGUAACAGCCCUCUCGGAAGUUGAAGCUUUUGCUCUCAUUGCAGAGGAUGUGAAUUACGUAGCAUCUCGGUUCCGCAAGCUACAUAGCAGACAAAUAAGGCACACAUUCAGGUCUCAUUCACACCAGUGGAGGACUUGGGCUGCUUGCUUUAUACAAGCGGCUUGGUUUAGAUACAAAAGAAGGAAAGAAGCAGCUAAGCUCAAGGCUCAGGAGGGCCAUGUAACCCCGUCACCAGCAAUCAAACAAAAUGGCAUGCCCUUGCCCCAAUUGGCCUCAGAGUUGGCCAUGUAUGCAGCAACAUUAACAGCAAGCACUAGAAAGGGUGGGAGCAUGAGGGAUACUAGUGAAUUUGACAUCCUCAGUUCAUUGCAGAAACCAGUGGAACCGGAUUUUUCAAUUGAUGAUAGGUAA